AUGGGAAAAGCACAUCCUUCAGAAAUGGACAAGAACUAUCCAGACCCUAAUAUGGAAAAUGAUAAUACAGAGCACAUCAGAGUGAAGCGACUGUCCUCUAUUUUAAAGGCUCCACGACACCCUUUUGAUGAGCUGGGAAAUGGGAAUGAGCUGACACAGGACAUCCACGCAGAGAAGCGCAGGAAAAACUCCCGCCGGGUCAGCUUUGCAGACACCAUCAACUGCAGAGUCUUCCCACGAGAUCUUAAGAAUAACACAUCAGAGAGAGAAAAUACAGAGGGUGCAGGAGACACAGGGAACGAUGUCUUUCAUAAUCAAAAUGAAGACUCUGAAGCUGUUCCCUGUGAGAUCACAGGGAUGAACACUUUGCUUCAUGCCCCCAUCCAGGCACUGGUGCAGCAGACUGAGUGGCAGGAGGCAGACAAGGCCGUUCAAAGAGCAAACAGGCACGACACCACCCUCCUCUUCUCAGAAGGAAAUGAGAUGGAUAUGACAGCGAGUCACACCGCAGUGAUCGCUCGGAACCUGAAGAACAGCCAAGCUGACCCCACGGAGAAAGUAGACAUCAGCUCCUUCCUGGCUGGGUUAAACCCCAGCCAUGGGAAGGCAGAAGAUAGUCAAGGGUUUCGCUUUUUCUCUGACCCUACAAACCACUCGUGUCCAUCUCUUGAACAGAAGGAAGAUGCUACUGCUGUAAAAAAAAUAGAUUUCAAUCAAUUUUUGAUGAGCUUGAAGUCAAACAAGCCAGCACCCCAUCCUGCUGAGGGGCCUGAGAAGGAGAAUGUUUUCUUUGUGCCCUCACAAGCCGCGGCACCAGCAGAGGUGGGAUCUGCGUAUUCCCACGAGCCUCUGGACACCUGCAAUGUCACAAAAGUCUUCAGGGAGCAAGAGGAUGGAAUGGAAAUGACCCAGUGCCAGGGAGCUGCCUUGGCUGGGGCCUGGGAAGCUCCAGCAGAGCUGUUGCCAUGUGCAGAUGUUACUCAGGCGUUUGGAGAUGAUGGGAUGGAUAUGACAACCAGCCACACUGCAAAAGUGUCUUUUCCCUUCUCCAGCGCUGGGAAUCAAAGCCUGAACUUGAAAAAGGAUUUACCAUCCACAGAUAAUUCUGCCUUAAAGAGAGCACCUAAUCAGCACUUAAUUGCUCAGCAGGACCCCCAGGUCUGUGCAGACAAAGAACCAGUGACUCUUGAAGACAGACGAGACCCCACGGUGCUGCGAGCUGCCAAACAAGAGGCCAGAGCAAGGUCUGCCAUCCCAGGAUCCAUCUCUUCUGAGACUGUCUUCCGAGGUGAUAAAGCUGUUGUUUGUUCUAAAUAUGAUGACAUGGAAAUUACUGGGAAUUACACAGAUAUAAUCUGUAAUGACGGUGCCAAAGAAACGAGCAGCUCUCAUCAUAGAACUUGUGAAAAGCCAGUGAAUGCAAACUCUGUGCUGGCAGAAACCAGACGUUCAGCACAUGGUGCUAGGGACACCACGAGUCUGACAUCUUCAGAUCUCCCAGCUUCUGUGGCAUAUAAAAAUAGUGCAUCUGAGCCACCCUCAGGUUCAGAUGAAUCAGGUGAAAAAGUGACCCGAGAUCACAGAACUGCAUCAGCAAAUGUUGGGUUCCAUCCCCACACACAUUCAGUGUCUGUGGGUGUUUCCCAGAGUCGGCUCCAGCCCAGCCUAGCAAACUCCCAGCUUGGUUCUCUGCCAGGUGAGAAGACAGUGAUCUUCUCAGGAGAAGACAUGGACUUGACUAAAACCUGUGUUGUCAAGGAUGAGGGAGAGGAUGUUGAGAAUCAGCCUCCUGCUGGAGUGGUCACCUCUGUCACCUGCAAACCUCGUUUUCUUGAUGGCAGAUCCACGUCUCCCAGUGUAAAGGAACAGGAAGAAAUGGAAAUAACUAAAUGCCAUGCUGUUGUCAUUGAUGACCAAAGCAAGGGGGGAACUGCAGAAGCAAAACAAAUGCUUUGUAAAUUAAUUCCAGGAAUGAACCAGAACACAAAUGUCAGGGAAGGCACAAAUCCUUUAGAUAUGGAGAAGGAAAACCUUGAGGUGACCAUUGUUGACAGGAACAGCAGAAGAAGCCUGGUUAUGGAGAAGAACUAUAAAGAGAGAACCCAAAAUGCUUCCGUUUCCUGCACAAAUAACAAAAUGGGCAUGUUUCCAGGUGAUCCAAACAUGGACAUAACCACAACUCAUCCUGCUCCCUCUGAUGUUGCUGCUAUUCAUAGAGUACAAGACUACAAGAGUAAUUAUAAUCAACAUACUGUCACAUCCAAGCAGCUGCAACACCAGACCUUGCAGUUUGCUAGUGUAGGUAUCACAAGUCAGGCUGCAGCAACAGAAUGUGGGGAUUUGAAAAUGAGCACAAAUGAGCAAACUGUUCAUCCUUUGGCUUCAAAUGGCCCAUUUAUUGCCAGUAAUAAGCCUGCUCCCUCUGGGAUGAAAGGCAAUGAACAACCUGGAACAAUGUUAGGAAUAAAUGCAGGCUGCCAAAACUCAGACAGGCAGGAGAAGACACAUGCUAUGAAGGUAUUAAGUAAAGUAUUGCCAACUCGAGUGGGUUCUGAGGGAGAUCUUUUCAUGGGUAAAGCAGAUUCUUCAGAAGAAGAUGCCACAAACCCUCCCUCUCUUGGUGGCCUGCACUGGAGGGCUGCUGGGGAGCCCUUAGCAGCCCAAAGGUCUGAAGCACAGAAGAGAAGCUCCCAGUUGCCUUCGUGUUUAGAAAAGUCAGUUGUGUUUCCCUCUGGUGAAAACAUGGACUUGACUGGAAACUGUGCUGUGAUGGUUCCUGAUCACACCAGCACUGCUUUAUCUGAAAGAAAAGCAGCACCUGGGCACCUUGUUCAAGAUGAAAAUACAAUAAUGUCCUUAAAAAAAGGGAUCACAAUAACUAGUCAGGAACAGGCUGAGUGCCACAUGCACUCCUUGGUAUCUGGCAAGAAAAUGUUAACCAUGACUGGUUUAACUCAUCUGCCUUUUGCAGGUGAGAAAACAACCAUAUUUUCAGAAGAUGCUGAUAUGGACAUCACCAAAAGUCACACAGUUUCAGCUGAGAACAAAAUAAUUUUGCAGUGUAAAAACUCAAAUGAUGACACACCCUUAAUUUCUGGAGAUAAAACUUGUAUUUUUACCUUCAAUGAUGACAUGGAAAUAAGUAGACUCGACACUGUUGCAACUGCUAAGUCUCUGGCAAAGGCUGCAUCCCACAGGAUGCUUGGCAUGGCUGAAAGGACUGGGAGGAAGAGCUUGAAGGGGGAGAAGACUGUUUUAUUUUCACUGAGUGAUGACAACAAUGACAUGGAGAUCACAGAGAGCCACACGGCUGCCAUUGGCCAUGAAGUUGUCUCACAAAAGGAGGGAGGACCUCACACUGGCUCUUCAGCUCAUCCCCUCAGGACUGUUAUGGUCACAAGCAGCCAGGCUGACACAGACACCACCAGGCCCUGCUCUGCUGACAGAACUGCCACAAAAGUUGUAUGUGAUGCUAAACCAAACCUGGCUCAGGAGGCUGGAUGGGGAGCCCUUGCAGAUGGCAACGCUACUACAUUGGCUCUGGAUGAGAUGGAGCUCACCAGACCCCAGGCUGCAGCUUUGGAGGGAAGGUCUCUGCAGGGCAGGCAGCCCCACUGCUCUGCUCCUCUCACAGCCACCAUCAUGUUCACGAGCUACCAGGCUGACAUGGAAAUGACCCAGGCUGACAUGGAAAUGACCCAGGCUGACUCUGCUGAAAGGACUGAAAGAGUCUUGUGUGAGGAGAGGUUAAACCUGGGUCAGCAGGUUGGCCUGGAGGCUGUUCCAGGAAACAAAACUGUCAUUUUUACUGUGGCUGAGGACAUGGAGAUGACUACAGCUCAGACAGCUGCCCCCAGGUGUGCAGUCCCUGUGCAGGACAGACAGCCCAUUCCUGCCCUUCCUGCUGAUAAAACCCUUGUGUUCAACCCCAGCCACGACGACAUGGAAAUCACUGCAUCUCACACAGUUGCUGUUAAUGACAAUGUCAAUGGAUUGGAGAACCAAGAAGUGUCAUCUAAGGGCACUCAGCAGCCAGGCUUGCGUGGUGCAUCACUGUCAUCUUGCAGAGCUGAGAUUGAUUCCCCACACACACAAGACCUGAAUGGUGACUGUCCUGCAAAGUCUGUGGAUAAGUCCAGCAUCCCCCACUCUGCUCCCUCAGCCACAGCGCUGGGAAGGGACAGAGGGAAAGGAGCUACCCAAGACCCCAGUGGCACACCACCAGAUUCCAUGUGUUCUGUCCUGCCUCCAGAAGAGACUAUGGAUGUGCAGGCACCACAGGGUCCUGCCCUUCCCAGGGCUCACUCUGUCCCUCUAAACAGUCAGCAGGUUCUCCUACCUCCAGAAAACCUGAGUGCAAAGAGUGUGUCUUACAAGCUUCCAAGAAAUGGGCCCACGGAUUGCGGUGAAGAAAGGGGUGAUUUGGUGUCCCAUGUCUUGCUUCCCAGCGAGCAGCCAGGUUCUCUGAUGGGUCCUCCAGAUGCAUGUGGUGCUUGGAGAGACCAGGGAUUGAAAGAUGGUCCAUCUAGACAUGAAGAUCUAGCUGCAGAUUUCAGCUUGGCUGGAGCAAACCUUGUUCCAGCUCCUAACAUGGAAUCAGAGGAAAACGAGGGGCUGUCAGCAGAGGGGGAGGCACCUCCAAAAGACUUUCACAUAAACUCUGAACAAACUAAACAACUUGUGGUCAGUGACAAUCCAAGAGAUGAAAUAGAUCCUGCUCUUUCACCUGAAGUAUCUGGGAUUUUAAAAAUUUAUUCCAAACUGAAAAACAUGAGGAGGAAAUCUGCAGUGUUCUCAGUUUCUGAAACUGCCUUGUCUGACCAGUUGCCCAAACCACCAGCUCAGCCAGAGGAUACCUUGAGGUUAGGAAAAAAUACUGUAAAUGAACCAAAUAAUUUCCCUUCUAGCAAAGACCAGGAGAACACAUGUCUUGAGCCUGGAGCUGCCCCCAUAGGUGCAAAUUUAGGCAUAGCAAUUAAGGAUAAAUAUCAAGGAAUAAACAUCCCCCUAGGUUUCUUCCAGCCUAAAUUACCAAGCAGAAGAAAUCCUCCUGUUUCUAGUGCACAAGACACAAAUGCACAAUCUUCAGACAAAGAGGGAGCACCAGUUUCAGAAGUAAGGGCACAUGCUGGUGAAAUCCCAGGUGGCCACAAGCCUGGCAGGCAGAACUUCAGCCCUUCACAGUUCAUAGCAGAAGAAUUCCUUCCUGUCUGCCUGGAUGAAAUGGACUCAAACGAGUCUGUAAGCACUGAACUCGUGGAAAAUGCUGGCAAUGAGAUAAGCAAACCCCAAAUCUCCCACAAUGGAAAAAAUCUAUUAGAAGAGACAAAAACUUACAGCAACACAAAAAGAGCUUUGGAAGAGGAUGAAGAGGAUCUUCAAAGUCCAAAGAAGCCCAGGAGGGACGAAACUUUGGAUGGUGAGGCCUCCCAAGACUUGCAGGUGACUUCUGGGGCAGUGUCUCAAAGCCAAGUAGAAGUUCAUGGAGGUGAAGAUCCCCCAAAUGUCUCAGCUAAAAGCCCUGACUCUACUCAUGCCAGCAACAGCAGCUCUCUGGAUUCUGUGAAGGCUGACACCAAACUAACAACUCAGCCCAGCAGCCAGCUGGAGUCCCAGCUGCUCACAGACAGCGUGUGUGAGGACACCUUACGGGAGAAACUUCAGGAUGGUGUGAUCACAGUCGGGGAGUUCUUCACACUCCUGGAAGUCCAUGUCCCCAUUCAGAAGCCCCGGCACAGCCACGUUCCGGUCAUUUGUGCAGCCAGUGCAGCCCCCACCCCAGCAGACCUCCUCUACAGCCACUACGUGUACCGCCCCAAGCUGCGCAUUUAUGAGGAAGAUUGCCAGGCCCUUGCUCAGAAGAUAGAAGAGUUAAAACCAUAUGCAAAUGUCCAGGAUCAGCUCCUGGUGAAUGUGAAUAGGAGCUUCUGGGAAGUAAUGAGAACCUGCUCAGAUGAAGAGCUGAAGAACUUUGGAGCAGAACUGAACAAAAUGAAAUCCUGCUUCAUCAAGGAGAGUAAAAUCUUGGCUCACGAGGAGAAGGCCACACUGUACAGCAGACUGCUGCAGAGUGCCCAGGAACAACAUGAAAAGCUGCAGUCAAGGAUGGAGAAGCUGGGUGAAUUGCUGGAGGAGGCAGAGAGCUGCUUUGGUGCCCUGGAAGCAGAUUCUGACAGGGAAGAAUGGGAAGCAGACAGCACUGGUGAAAUGGCAGAAGGGAAAAAUCUACAGGAAGAAUUGGAAAGCCUCAAAGCCCAAGAAGAGGAACUUCAAAGAGAGCUGGCAGAUCUGGAGGCUGAGAAUGAGCAGAUGCUUGUGCAGAUGAACCUGCUGAAGGAAAGAGAAAAGAGCUGCCAGGAACACCUGGAGAAAUACGACUUCAUGGAGUGGGAGCUGACAGAAUGGAGCCAGCAGCAGGCAGUCUUUAGUUUUCUUUAUGAUGCUCUGGAACUCACAGUGGUGUUUGGACCCCCAAUAGAUGGUGAUGUUUUUGGUGAAGACCCUUCCAGGAAGAUAGUUAGCCUGAGCUUUGAAUCUCUCCUGGAUGAGGAAAAUGCCCCACCUUCUUCAUGUUUAGUCCAGAGACUCAUCUUCCAGUUCAUUGAAAGUCAGGGGUGCUGGCAGGAGAAGUGUCCCACACUGUACCACUUGCCCCAGGUUCUUCAGGACAUCUCCCUGGUGGUGAGUCGCUGCAAGAUCUUGGGAGAGGAGAUUGAGUUUCUGGAGAGAUGGGGUGGAAAAUUCAAUCUUCUGAAGACAGACAUCAGUGACACAACAGUGAAGCUUCUGUUCUCUGCUUCCACAGCCUUUGCAAAGUUUGAGCUGACCCUGUCUCUCUCAGCCAGUUACCCCUCUGAUUCCCUGCCCUUCACUGUCCACAAGCAAAUUGGGAAUAUUGGGGAGGAGGAGAUCUCUGCUGUUCUCUGCAGGGUGCCCCUUGGCCACCACUACCUGCGGAGAGCAGUCAGCCUGAUCCACCAGCACCUGCUCCAGCCUCCCAGAUGAUUCACUGGAUCCACACACAGGACUCAAGCCAGGCUGGAUAUUCCCUCGUUUUAGUCUCCUAGGAGUUCAGGCUGCUCCUCACCAGCAUGGGGGUGCUGUUAGUUCAGGAAUCUUGGCCAAGAGCUGGUAGAUAUCCAGGAUGCUUGGUGUGGGCCUCAAGUUUUCAUAACAGCAGAGGCCUCUGAGGAGAAGGAGGAAUUUCCUAAAUCCUUUUCCAAUCCAGUUUGCCUUUUAUCUUUCACUCACCUGAGGCCUUGGCCUCCUUGUAUAGUCUUUCCUGGUGUGGUUGUUCUCCAGACAGCAUGUUGGUUUUGUGCUGGGCUGAUUUACAGAGCUCUUGGAUAAAACAAUGAUGUGUAUUUUCUAAAUUAACACGACUGGAACUUCCACCCUCAUUUACUUCAGCCCUGCACAGCAUUCACCUUGGAUUUCUGUCAGUUUCCUGGAACCCCUCCCAGACCACAGACAGUACAGUCCUGCUUCUGGUUAACCAGAUAACCUGUCAUAAUUAACCAGGUGGCCAGGGUCAGAAAGGCUUUUGUCACAAAGAUCCCUGCGCUUGGCUGUAGAUGUUGUGGGGCAGCAGAGUCCAAGCCAUUGGGUCCCAUCAGUGGGAUCUGUCCAGCUCCAAGUUUGUUCUGAUAUUUGGAGCCUUUGUCCAGUCCAGUCUACCUCUUGGCUCUGGAGCAGUGUCCUAGUUUGUCCUGUGUUAGGAUUGUAGGGAGGAGACUGAGCUCUUGGGAUUCAGGCAGUACCAGUGAUGUGUAGAUGCUGCCUGGGCUGGUUUGUCCAUCUGUUGUCUAUUCUGCAGGUUGAGCUGUAGAACUGAUCUAGCCCUGACUUGAUUGUGCAGGAGUGCCUGCCCUCCUGGAGGCACAGGCAGAUUUUUCUUAUCUCUGUAAAAUACGUUGAGUUUAAAAAUGUUUUCAUGUGUUUGUUCGUGUGUUUCUGCCUUUCUACAAAUUUUCCUUCUGUUUGGAAGGUGGGAGCUCAUUAAACAUUUGAACGAUU